AUGUCCGAAUUUCACUCUUCGCCAUUCAAGAAAGUCGCUAAUUUCUUCCGUCGUAAUAACACCGACGGUGGAAAUGAUGAUGAAGCACCACCGCCAGUACCAGAAGGUGGAGCGGGUGCCACCGCGUCUACUGAAGCCGACACCUCUGAGGACAAAAAGCGGAAACGUGACGACGACGGUGACGACGGCGAUAAUGACAGACUGGCUCCGGCCGAACGUAGCUCCCCUAUGCAAUCAAAACUCGCACAAGUUCGAUCCAAGCUAAAGACCAGGGAAUCACAGGGCAUAUCGACACAUCUUAAUCCGUUACCAGUGAACACCGCCGAGCAAGAUCUCAGGGCAGGCCUUCCUGAGUUACCUACAAGUCCCGGGAAUAUUAGCAUGUACAUGGGUAAUAAUUCCGCGAAUAUAAACCCAGACCAAAUCUACAUAUUACAACCAACGCCCGAAAUGGCGAAAAUCGACAAGUAUCGAACAACGGGUGCUCAAUAUGAAGCCUGGAUGGCCAACACCAACCCAGCUGGCCCAGCAUGCCCAGUGACCCAGUCUACACUAACCGUCGCCGAUCUAGUCGAAGCCAAUCCCCCGGACGAGCCAUUAUUCAGUGUAUGGGAAUCCUCGUUCGUUGUCCCACCGGUCGAGAUUAGAGAGAGUCUUAAAUCCACCUACCUUCCAAAUAAUCCGAGAUUGAAGAAAUACCGCCAAUCAUCUCUACAGCGCAAUGCGAGAAAUGAACAAGUACACCAUGUGUCCUCUUACGACCAUUGCAUCGUCAAGGGUGCUAUCAUUGCCACCUCGAUUUUUAGAAUGGAGUGGGGACCACGAUGGUCUGAUGUUGCGCUAGCUUUAUACAAACAGGACGCCGCGAUUGAUACUCUCCGGUAUGUUUUCAUGGUAGAAGUUGAGAAUGAUGAGACCCUUCCCUUAGUGGGGAAGGUGCUCUACCCAAAUAACGGUCUUCCCGGUCCUGAGACAAGAGGUCUGACACCAACAAUCCAUGCUUGGGAUAUGAAUACUCCUGAAUUCCAGCAGAUCCUGGGAACGCAGCUGGGCAAGGCGGUGGCUUGUCUUGUUCUAGGGGCUUGGCCUAUAGGUACGCAUCGGAUUACUAGAAUCCAUACUUGGUUUUUGAGACGUGACCUGCAUAUGCGGUUUGAUAUUGAGCCGAUUGUUCCGGCUGGUGCUCCUCCUGCCUCGGCUGCAUAA